CACCUCCCUCUCACGCUCAUUUCCACUACCAACACUCUUGCCGUCACAGCCUUCUCUCUCUCUCUCUAUUCAGCUUUUUCCUCAACCCUCACUAUCUCUUUCUAGGUUGUGAAAGAUGGCCAAGGAAGUAGGUGUGGCGGAGCACGGCUCAUUCUCAGGCAAGGACUACCAAGACCCACCACCAGCACCACUCAUAGACCCGAAGGAGCUGACCAAGUGGUCUUUUUACAGAGCUCUGAUUGCUGAGUUCAUAGCCACCCUUCUCUUCCUUUAUAUUACAGUCUUAACUGUGAUCGGGUACAAGAGCAAGACUGUUCCGGAUGGCUCCGAUCCAUGCGAUGGCGUGGGAAUUCUUGGUAUUGCUUGGGCCUUUGGUGGAAUGAUCUUCGUUCUUGUCUACUGUACUGCUGGUAUUUCUGGGGGUCACAUAAACCCAGCAGUGACAUUCGGGCUAUUCCUGGCUCGUAAGGUGUCUUUAAUCCGAGCGGUGAUGUACAUGGUGGCUCAGUGUUUAGGGGCCAUAUGUGGUGUUGGGCUCGUGAAGGCGUUUCAGAAGGCUUACUACACCAGGUUCGGCGGCGGAGCCAACGAGCUCGCCCCCGGGUACAGCGUUGGCGUUGGGUUGGCGGCGGAGAUCAUCGGGACGUUCGUUCUUGUCUACACCGUGUUCUCCGCCACUGAUCCGAAGAGGAGUGCAAGAGACUCCCAUGUCCCUGUGUUGGCACCUCUACCAAUUGGAUUUGCAGUGUUCAUGGUUCACUUGGCCACCAUCCCAAUCACCGGCACCGGCAUCAACCCAGCUAGGAGUCUCGGACCCGCCGUGAUCUACGACCAGGACAAGGCUUGGGAUAACCAUUGGAUCUUCUGGGUUGGACCCUUUGUUGGUGCCGCCAUUGCAGCAUUCUACCACCAGUUUAUACUGAGAGCUGGAGCAUUUAAAGCUCUUGGUUCAUUCAGGAGCAGUUCGCAUGAAUGAUGAUAUGUCUAAAAGAGUCCUUUUCUCUUAUUUCUUCAUGGUUUUGGCCAGAAGAUUUUGAGAGGAGGAGUGGUAUUUUAACAGAAGGAAUAAUGGGGGGAAAAGUUUGUGUUGUGGGUGUGUGACUGAAUGGAGUCUUUAGUUCUCUCACUAUCUCAAUUAUCUUCAAAGAUAUGGAGGGGACGUGAGAGGACUUGAUAGCCAUGGAAAUGUAGAUCAAGUCUCCAUGGAAAAGAAAGCUUUUUGUGUUUCUUUUGUUGUCCUUGGCACUCUUUUUAACUUGAAUCCACUUCAUGUUGUUGUCUCCUUUUUCUAAUUGUCUCUAUGGACCCCCUUCCCCCUUUGCUUGGUGCACUUGUACAUGUAUAGGGUUGGUAAUUCUUAACACAAUUCACCAUGGAAGAUGGUCCAAAUUUAGACUUCAUG